AUGAUACAUAUCAAACGGCGACUCGAACGUUUUCUCAAAACAAAUUACGACAAUAAUAGCUCAUCGAUACUUUUCAACAAAAAUGGAGAUUCCGUUAUCGUUCAACAACAUACCUGGACAGGAACUGACGUAACAUACGUUUACGCUGAAGCCAAAAAAGAAUUAGUAGCAUCAUCCAGACCAACGCCUCAACAUAAACAUCAAAAUAUCGGCAAAUCUCUUUGGCAUCCGCCACUGCCCUCGUCAAGAAGAGAGCUAACGUUAUCAGUUAAACUGACACAAAAGUGCGACAAGAAAGUACGUUCUGGCGUUGGUCAUUGGGUUGCUCCGCGAUCUUCGAAUUGUGAUAUAAAUACAGAUCAAUAUCAAUCUUCAUCUUCCACAUCAUCAUUAUUAACCCCUGGAGGGAACUCAUCAUCAUCAAUAAUAUCAUCAUCACUAAGACCAAGGUUCUCAGAUUUUCGACCAAGAGAUGCAUUUAAGAAAUUUUGCCGUGAUGUCAUAACGGCUACUCAAGUCUCGCAUUCUGUAAUACUAUUGUCCUUAUUAUAUAUUUCUCGAAUGAAGUCGAAUAAUCCCGCAAUACAAGAAGAUCAGUAUUUUGACUGGUUACAAGUAAUGGAUCAAUUUGUGUUGGAAUCGGAAAUUUCCCAAAUGAAUUCAAAUCGUGACCGAUUGACGCAGGCGGAUUGUGCAAUCGCAAUUAAUAAUAAUAUGAGUGCUGGCGGUGUGAUUCCAAUGGAAAUCACUUCAACACCAUCAAAUUCAUUCAAACGAUCUGCUGAAGAAGCUUUUGUUGAUACCGGAGUUGUUACCUCCCCACCAAAGAGAGUCCCAAUUUAUCCUUCAGCUCCUAUUUCCACUUCCUCUUCCUCACAAUCACAACAACAAACGACUAAUCCGACAAUACGAAUAAUGCAACAAUACAUUGCAACGAGACCAACAAAUCCUCCAUCAGUCACUUAUUAUCAACUUCCAUCAUUCGCCAACUCAUCAAAUACGAUGAACUUCUUAAAUUCAUCGUCAAAUCAUAACCAACUACAUCAACAUCCUCACCAUAAAUAUUAUGCGAGAAAACUUCAUUUGCAGUCAAAUUUCUUGAAUGCUCGUUCACCCGCUGGAUUUGCACAGAUCAAUAGUAUGCAAUUUCCCACGACAGUAGUCUGA